AUGAUUUCCUUCGCGCCUCUCUCAGUGCCGUUGGAGCGGCGGCUGCAGACUCUGGCUACUGUUCAAUGGGUUUUCAGUUUCCUGUCUUUGGGAAUAAUCUGCAUAGUCAUCUUCGUUGGCCUUUUCUUCACCCGCUUUUGGUUCCUCAGCAUGCUAUACUCAGCCUGGUGGUACUUGGACAGAGAUACCCCAAGAAAAGGCGGGAGACAGAUCCAGGCCAUGAAGCGAUGGCGUGUGUGGAAGUACCUGGCAGACUACUUUCCUGUCUCACUCAUCAAGACGGUGGAUUUGGACCCAACCCAGAACUAUAUUGCUGGUUUCCACCCUCAUGGUGUCCUGGCUACCGGAGCUUUCACCAACUUCUGUACUGAAGGCACUGGUUUUUCUUCUGUAUUUCCUGGGAUCCGCUCCCACCUGAUGAUGCUGACUUUGUGGUUCCGAAUUCCCUUCUUCAGGGAUUAUAUCAUGAGUGGAGGUUUGAGGAACUUGGGGAAUCAAGGACGGAUUCCUGGCCUGUCAGAGAUUGUGGCCUCCCACAGCACCCCUCAAUGGCCACUGACCAAAGCUCCUGGAGAAGGGGCCUUGGUGGCAUCUCUGCUGCCUAUAUUCUCCUUUGGGGAGAAUGAACUCUUUGAUCAAAUGGACAAUCCUUCAGGAUCUUGGCUUCGCUGGAUCCAGGAAAAACUGCAGAAGGUCAUGGGCAUCUCCCUCCCAGUCUUCCACGGCCGGGGGAUCUUCCAGUACAGUUUUGGCCUGCUUCCUUACCGGCGGCAAAUCACUACUAUAGUGGGGAAGCCCAUCAAGGUGAAGCAAAAUACGAACCCAACCGCAGAUGAAGUGGACCGUCUGCAUCAGCAGUACAUGAAAGAACUGUGCAACCUUUUUGAAGCCCACAAGAUUAAAUACAACGUCCCCCCAGAGCAGCACCUGGAGUUCCGAUGA